AAUUAAAAAUAAUAAUAAAAAGCGAAGAAAGGCUAUUAAAAAAAUACCGGAUAUUAUUUUGCUUCACUACGUUAUAAACGGAAGUUAAAGGUGAACAGUCAUGUAAUGAAUUAUUGCCCACAGUAAACAUGGCGGACACUGAGAAGCAGGCAGGUGCCUCUCUUGAAGAUGAUGGGCCUCCCCUACCUGCCAGCUUUAAAUUCAUGCUGCCACAGAAGGAGAUCAGCAUGGUGCCUGAUAUGGGCAAAUGGAAGAGGUCUCGGGCUUAUGCAGAUUACAUUGGAUUCAUUCUAACUCUGAAUGAGGGGGUGAAAGGAAAGAAGUUCACGUGUGAUUAUCCUGUUUCUGAGACAGUAGAAAAGUUGCUGUCUCUGUUGGGAACUUUGGAUCGCUGGAUAGAUGAGACGCCACCAGUGGAUCAGCCGUCCCGCUUUGGUAAUAAGGCUUUCCGGACCUGGUACGCCAAACUAGAGCAGGAAGCUGACGCUCUGGUGUCUGCCGUUCUUCCUGAUGAGCUCAGUGCUGCAGCCCCGGAGGUUGCUGUGUAUCUGAAGGAAGCUGUAGGCAACCCUACAAGAAUUGAUUAUGGCACAGGUCAUGAAGCCGCCUUUGCAGCAUUUCUCUGCUGCCUUUGCAAAGUAGGAGCUCUGAGAGUGGAGGACCAGCUGGCCAUCCUUUUUAAAGUGUUUGACGGGUAUCUGCGCGUGAUGCGGAAGCUGCAGAAGACGUACCGUAUGGAGCCGGCAGGGAGUCAGGGCGUGUGGGGGCUCGAUGACUUUCAAUUUUUGCCCUUCAUUUGGGGCAGUUCUCAGCUUAUAGAUCACCCCACUCUGGAGCCACGGCAUUUUGUGGAGGAGAAGGUGGUGAACGAGCAGCAUAAAGACUACAUGUUUAUGGAGUGCAUCAAAUUCAUCAAUGAGAUGAAAACGGGACCCUUUGCUGAACAUUCAAACCAGCUUUGGAACAUCAGCGCUGUUCCCUCCUGGUCCAAAGUCAACCAAGGGCUUAUACGAAUGUACAAGGCUGAAUGCCUAGAGAAGUUUCCCGUCAUCCAGCACUUCAAGUUUGGCAGCCUGCUCUCAAUCCAGCCUGUGAAACCGUGAAUAACAGUGGGAAGAACCAGUCUGAGAGCACAACCGAUUCUCAACCAAUUGCAAGAACCUCCCAAAUCACUCUGCCACCAUCCACUGUUCCAAUGUUUAUCCACUGCAUAAAUGAAUAAACAUGACUGCAAUAAAACCCUGUUUCUAACUGCAGUGCAGCAUGGUUGCCUCCUCCUACAAUAUAAAAUUCAUAUGAGGAUCAAUUUUCCUGACCUUGAUCCGACCUCACAAGAAAUGGAUGGUGUAAGAAUAAUUAUUGUUUGUGGCACCAUAAUUAGUAUCUAAAAAAUUGUAGUAUCCGGAAUUCAUAUUUAUUUAUGAAUAUGUACAUAUAAAGCAUAAAGUUUGCCUGAAACUGGGAAGUGUUUUUAUUUUAUUUUUUUUUCCUCUGUCUUUUUUUUUUCUUUUUUGAAAGACUAGAAAACUAAAAAAUUAGUCAGUUUUUCGUUUUAGGCUGUAGUAAUCCUUGGCAAAUUGAAUGUGUGUGUGUGUCCAAAAAACAUUUACUCAUGUGGCCUGUGUGUGCUUUAAAUGUACAUUUUUAUCAUUUUGGAUAUGAUUAAUAAACAUCAGCUGUUGUAGCUUUG